AUGGUAACGGCGAAAGAACUCGAGUUCCCGGCAGUCACCAUUUGUAACCUUAGUCCCUACAACAAAUCUAUUGCUAUUGAAGAAAAUGUUUUAACUGAAUAUCUACUCAGGACGAACACUUUAAGUUUCAUGGAGACCACGCUGAAUUAUACUGACUCCAGGUCGGCAGGACACAAAAAUAGAUUUAGCACCAACUUUGUGGGACGCACUAACAACGAGCUCAAAAAUUUCUUUGUAACAUGUGUUCAAAAAUGGCAGCUUAUUUAUUGUGAUGAUUUCUUUACACCGCGCAUGACGGAACUUGGUAUGUGUUUCACCUUCAACGGCCCAGACCGGAACUCCGUGAUGACUAGCAGUACCGGUAAUACGUCAUCUCUUACAAUGUAUAUAAAAGUGGAACGCGAUCAUUUCCUGUUUGAUACUGAAAAUGACAUCAAGGUCGUGCUUCAUGAUAAGUUUGAGGAACCUAAUGUUCGGAAAAGGGGUUUCUUAGCUGUUCCAGGCUAUACCACAUAUGCUGGAGUGACCAGUGAAAAGUACAAGUACUUAGGUCGGCCCUACCGAAGUCUACCAAGGGAGGAAACUUACUGUGUAGACACCAGCCAGCCAUCGUUCUCCAGUCCCCUGGAGUUUUACAGGCAAUACAGCUACUCAGCCUGCCUGAUGGAGUGUCGACAGAAUUACACAACACGGCAGUGUAAAUGUCGCAGUCACACAGAUCCGGGUAACGACACGAUAUGUACUCCUAUGCAGUUCGUUUCCUGUUACAAACCAAAAGCAUAUUAUUUUGAGAUGAAGCUACAGCACACGUGCAGGUGUCCAUUUCGGUGUGAGAGUAUGUCUUAUACUGCGAAUGUAUCGAUUGUAGAGUUCUCAUCUGAUCACAGCGCUGACAUGCUUCGCAACAAAGGCUUUUCAAAUCUCAGGGAGUAUGCCGAGAUCCGGAUCUACUUUAACGAUUUAAACUACACAUUAGUGGAACAAGUACCCGAAAUGCUGGCAAAAGAUUAUUUUUACGGCGUGGUAUGUAUUGUGGCUUUAUACACCUUUGUGACCUUAAUCACUCUACUAAAAGUCCUCUCUUUUAUCAUUGACUUCUGCCUCAACAUAGCCUUCACAAUCUUCGAGGUUUUGUACGUAAUCAUCGACAGUUGUCUGGAAUAA